AUGACCAAACAGGUUGUUUCCUCCCUCUCCAUUCUACUUGUGUUUCUCUUCCAUUGCAUCACUACUUCAGGCCAGCCCGUUGCGGCUCCAACCCAGCCCGCCAACACUCCGGCCCAACCCGCCAAUCCCCCAGCCCAACCCGCCAAUCCCCCGACUCAGCCUGCCAAUCCCCCAGUCCAGCCCGCCAAAGCCCCAGCCCAGCCCGCCCAAGUCCCGGUGCAGAAGGGUCCCAUCGAUGUCACCAAAAUCCUUGAAAAGGCUCAUGGCUACUCGGUCUUUGUCCGCCUCUUAAAGAGCACAGGUGUGGCUAAGCAACUUUAUGGGCAGCUCAACAAUUCAAACAUUGGGUUUACCAUCUUUGCUCCUACUGAUUCCGCAUUUUCGAAUCUUAAACCGGGCACAAUAAACUCUCUAUCUGACCUACAAAAGACCCAACUAAUACAGUUUCAUAUUUUGAACACCGUUGUUACUCUGUCAAACUUCCAAACUUUGAGCAAUCCAGUGCCGACUGAAGCAGGAGAUGUCAGCGCCGGUGCGUUUCCGCUAAACAUUACCACAGCUGGAAACCAAGUGAACAUCUCGACUGGCCUUGUGAACACCACAUUGGGUGGUACAGUGUAUUCGGAUGACCAGCUUACUAUUUAUCAGGUGACCAAAGUGCUUCUUCCGCUGGACAUUUUCAGUCCUAAGGCUAAAAAAGUAGCUGCAGCCCCCACACCAACGCUGUCGAAGCCUAAGACGACAAAGGAGGAUGCUCCGGUGAGUCCGUCUGGUGCUGCCAAAGUGGAUGAGGCUGCUGCAGUAAGUCUCAGCAGGCAUGGAAUGUUGGAGCCCAUUGGAGUUGCCGUGGUUGCAUUCUUUGUGAUGAAAGGAAUUUGAUGGUUUAUACGUACCACCUUUAUUAGUUUGUUUGCUCUUGUGGGGUCCCAUUGUUGAGGCGUUGCAAGAAUUUCUGAGUUGGGUUGAACGGCCGUGAUCAGCACCAGCCACCAAGCACCAAGUGCUUUCAAAAUAAUUGCCUUCUUUCCUUGUACCAUUUGGUUUUUCUUUUUUCUGUUUUCUCUUUUCUUUUCUUUUCUCUUUUUUUUUUUUUUUUUUUUUUUUGGCUAAUAAGCUUGUCCAUGAAUUUUUUGGCACGCUGGAUGAGAUGA